AGAAGAGAGAAAGGAAGAAGAAACUAACGAAAGAAGCCAAAAAAAAAAGUUCUAAAAAUGGAGAAGAAGAAUGUGUUUGUGUUGUAUAUGAUCUUGUUACUAGUGGUAUCGUCAUUGAUGCUUGAGAGAGUUGAUUGCAGAGCUCUACGAUCGACGCCGUUGAGAGAUAUUAAAGGACAUGAUCAUCAAUCCUCAGCGACCAUGAAGGUGAAGAACAGCUCGACAAGUCAACAUACUGUGGGGAAGAGUUUUGCUUACCAGUUAGCGUCCGGGCCGAGCAGAAGGGGACGUGGUCACUAAUCAACAAUUGUCACUUUUUUUUUUCUUUUUCUCUGGAUAUGGGCUUCGCCCCCAACAUUCUAGGAGUCCCAAAUAGAAGAUUCUCAAGAAAUUUAAGAUCUAAAGUUAUGAAUCUGGCCCAUCUGGCCAAAGGGGCAAAAUCGUCAUUUACGGAAGAGACAGAGGGGACCCUAGGUCGAUGACCCACUAUAAAUACCAGAGGUCAUUGUCAGAACUUUGGAGCCGAAAUCUUGGCAAUCAGAGAGAAAAGAGCAUUUAUAUUCGUAUUAAUUGCGCUUAGAACUUGAUUGCAUUUUCUGUAAACCCUUCUCUUGAAUUCUACGUUAAUAAAAGGACCUGUUCCGAUUUA